AUGGUCAAUAGGCACGCCGCGAGCUCUGAUAUUAGUUCAGGCGACAAAGAGCUCUUUUGUGCCGUGAUGAAUCCGCUCACAGGAAACUACAUAGACCUGUCCCAACUUUCUACGACCCCGAAUAACCUUCAUAAAGUUGAUCACAACAGAGACCGCAAAGACUGGGAAAAGACGCGAUGGAUGGUCCGUUCGCGGGAGGUAAACCUCAACUUUACGCUAGGCAUAUGUUCUAGUCCUACAACGGACGAAGAUUCGGUUUCGAACUCAACUGGCGCCUACUACGUGGACCCCGACCAACACCAAGAGGUCUCAAUUGGUGAUUUUGCGACGACACCCCGAUUUAUGGGCAAAAAGCUAACAUUAGCUUACGAAAAUGGCGAUAUGUGUCCCAAUGGUGUAGAUAGGCGCGCAUCAAUUCUGAAUUUUGUGUGCGACAAGGAAAUUUCGACCAAAGCUCAAAUAAAUUUUGUGGGAUCUUUGCAUAAUUGUUCCUAUUUUUUCGAGGUAAAAAGCAUCUACGCUUGCCCUACAUCCCACAAGAGUAACGAUGUCAAUGUGCUGGGCAUAUUUUUUGGAAUUUUCUUAGUCUUUUUCCUUGUGGAGUGGGGUAGACGCUGGUUUUAUGGCAGAGUGCGCGCAAGAUUGCGGUACAAUAACGAAUCCACCGUGAUAGAUGCUAGACCACAUUGGGAAACCAUUGAACGUCCUUCUAGCUGGAGACGUGUCUUUAAGAAUGUAUUCCGAUUCGGAGCACCUGCCAAAAAUGCCGGUAUAAAAUUAAGCACUUCGCCUCAGUACCGAAAUCCCAGCACCGACUCUUUGGUUAGAGACAUUGAGGCCCAAAACAGGCUUUUAGAUAACCUCGAUGCUACCAGCGCUAGCAGCUGA